AUGCAGACAAUCCCAGAAUUCACGGGGCCCCAAUUCCCCUUCUCCACAGAUCCUUACGCGGCCAAGGCCUAUGCUGAUGUGCACUAUACCCUCAACCUCGACCGUGACAUGCCGCCAGCCCUGAUCGCCUUUCCAAGGCAUGAAAAGGACGUCCGCACCGCCAUCAGGUACGCAAGGCAAAACGGAUACCGCAUCUCAGUCUUCACCGGCGGCCACUAUUACGAUGGUGGCGUCCACGCCCCAACAGCCCCAGACGUCCAGCUCAACCUCACCCUGACGUACGCGGGCCCGAAACAUAUUGGUCUCACGACAGUAGAGCAAUGGGUCCCAUACAGAACCAAGAAUCAGCUCUGGGUCGGUGUCAGCCAGAGUAUCGGAGAUAUCAACCGAAUUCUUCGUGAAGACGGCCGCUUCCUGCCUCACGGACAAUGCUCUGAUGUACAACUCGUCGGUCAUGGCCAGAGAGGCGGAGGGGGCCAACUCGGGCGGAGCUUUGGCCUGCUGGGAGAUCGCAUCCGGGCCAUCAGAAUACUCAACCACACCGGUGAAAGUGAAAUGAUCACCACGUGCGACCCGAAGGCCCACGCCAUCCUCGGAGGCGUUGCGGGAUCCUUUGGGGUCGUCACGCACUAUUCGUUCCAAGCCUUUGCCGACGAAGACUUCGACUUCCCUGACACAAACUCCCGGCCGCACGGCUUCAAAGGAGUCUGGCGAUACAAUCAGCCUGCGCUGAAACUGCUUCUGAACGAGGUGGCUACCAUGGCCGACGACUCAUCCUUGCCGCCGAACUUUGACCUUUCCGUCAACGUGUUCAGCGCCUCGUUCCCUAUGCUGCGGCUGAUACCAAAACUGAAGGACAACCCUCACAAUCCCAUCGAGAGCACAACCGGCGAACAGCCCGGUCACACGAACAGCACGUGGCCCGCUUGCAUCGUCGUGUUCGCGCAGUGGGUUCCUAUGAGCCGGGAGGAUAAGUAUACUGCCCAGGUCGAUGCAUGGUUCCAGAGAUUCCGUGACCUUACCACUGUCAAGAACUGCUGCAUCCACACUGAGGAACUCGUCCAACCCAUGUCGACGAUGACGGGCGAAUGGCUCUUUCGCGGAUCUCGCGAGUUCGACUUACCAUACAUCAGGCGCAUGUACUUGACCAAAUCGAGGGCGAUGGCGCAGAGCGGAUGGGUCGAGACAACCGCCCUCCAGAUCGACCGCAUCUUGGACACGUCGCGUGCUUCAAGCCUAUCGCAGAGCUGUUACCUCGCCGCCAAGAUCCAAUGCCUUGGUGGGAAUCUCACGCAACCUUCCGACGCCCAAUUUAGAGGUGAAUCCUGCGAGAAGAGAGACUGGACCGUCAGCCAAACGCUGGAUUGCUUCCACCCAGCCGACGAGCGAGGUGAAGCCACCGCCAACGAGUGGCAGUCUUGGAAUGACUUGGUUUUUUGUACCUUGGGCCAUGCCUUGCGUGGGCUCGAAAAGCGAGUGGUCUGGACCUUGUCCACUGAUUGGCAAAUGGAUAAGACCUGGUCUUACUACCGCCAAGUCGUCCAGACCAAGUACGAUGAGCACGUCACGAGGAAGCACCAGACCAAGUACAAGCCUGAGAAGCGGGCCAAGCAGCGGGCCAAGGGGCAGACCAAGCUGCCUGCUAUAUAUCCGAAGCAAAUCACGAACUCGGAGCAGGCCGAGCACCAAGACCAAGUUACGUCCCCACACCAAGCUAUGAACCAGGGGUCGGCUAUGUCUCAGGACGCUACCUUGUUGUCAGACCAGCCUACGUUGCAAAAGCGACCCGCGCUGCCGAAACAGCCCACAUUGCAAAAGCGGCCUAGGUUGCCUAAGCAGCCCGCACGGCGAGGACGGCCUGCAAUGCAGGGACAACCUACAUCCCAGGAACAGCCCAAGCUUCAUGAGGAGGCCAUUUACCCGGAGCAGCUCGUCUUCAAAAAGCCCGCCCUAAAUCCGGAACAGGCUAUGAUUUCAGAGCCCGCCAUACUCCAGGAAGCCGCCAUGUUCCAGCAGUUUGCCACGUUCCAGGACCCUGCCAUGUUCCAGGACUACCCCAUAUUCCAGGACUCCGCCAUGCCUCGGGAGUUCUCCAUGUACCAACAGCCCGUCACGUCCCACGACUGCGACAUGUCCCAGGAGCUCACCUUGGCUCAAGAAUACACCAUGAAACCGGACCUCAUCCAGGACCUCACCGCGAGCCAGACGCUCACCAUGUCCCAGGAGCCCAUCAUGAAUCAACAGCACACAAUAUUCCCAGAGCUUGCCAUAAAUACAUGGCCCUCCAUGAGUUCCCAGCUGUCCAACUACCAGAAGCAAAUGGAUGGCUACUACAAGGACUGCUGGGGCGUUGUGCCCGACCCGUACAGCUAUUACACUGCAUGGCAGCACCCGCAAAACCAGCCGUGGUGCGCGAUGAUGGCGACCGAGAGCUGA